AUGCUUGGGUUAGGCGUGGGUAAUGCUUCCACAAAUAAAAUAGGGUUUAUAUGGGGAAAUUUGAUUUUUAUCUCCUGCUGCGUUACUUCCAUUAUUUAUGUUCUUGUGGGUCUUUUUGCUUGUCGUCGGUUAAUUCGGUCAAACUGGCGUUGGGUGCUGAUUGUGGCCCUCUACUGGUUAGUUGGCAUGCUGCAUGCUUUUUUGUCACUUGCUAUAAUUUGUUUGGCGGUGGCCUGCGUAUUUUGGACCUUUUCUGACAAGGCGAUAGCAACUACCGAGGCAAUCGCGUACUCGGGAGUCAUGGUCGUACUCACUGUGUUUUUUGCUCUUGGACGGAAGUCAAUAGUGUACGCACUGUAA